CUUUAAGCGCUGUGUGUGUGAAACAUGACUCCAGUCGUUUCUCCUCCUCGCUGAACUCAAGCAGCUCAAGCUCGCCUCGUAUGUGCUGACGUGUCGGCAGAUCAACAGCUGCCAGCAUGGCUGCACGAAACACACAUUUUUAUUAUGUUUUUACGCUUGUUCUUUGCGCUUGUUUUCACAUAAGCGACGCGGACCGGCGCUUCUCCGACCUGAAGCGAUGCGCCGAUGAAGAAUGUAGCAUGCUUCUCGUCAGAGGGAAGGCCGCUAAGGAUUUCGCAGGGCCGGACUGUCGGUUUCUCUCUUUCAAGAAAGGAGAGACGAUAUAUGUAUAUUAUAAACUCUCAGGGCAGAGGUCGGACAUGUGGGCUGGCAGUAUUGGAAACCACUUUGGUUAUUUCCCAAAGGACUAUCUUAAUAUAAAUCAUAUAUAUACUGAAAAAGAAUUGGAGGUACCUACAGAGGAAACCGAUUUUGUUUGCUUUGAGACUGGUUUUGAUAAAUUUGAAAUCUAUGAUAUAGAUGUACUGUUGGGAAGCACAUUGUUGAUAGAAAACGAGGAUUUAACAGAGGAAUCAACAGAACCAGCUCAGAAUGAAGAUUCAUCUCAACUGUCUUCUGUAACAGAGACCGAAUCAGUGGAGCCUCUUGAGUCGGAGUCAGUUGAUUCAGAAUCAACAUUGCCUAUUGAAUCAGAGCCAGUCGAUUCAGAAUCAACAUCGUUUCUGGAAUCAGAGUCAGUCGAUUCAGAAUCAACAUCACUUCUUGAAUUAGAGUCAGUUGGUUCAAAAUCAACAUUGCCUAUUGAAUCAGAGUCAGUCGAUUCAGAAUCAACAUCGCUUCUUGAAUCAGAGUCAGUUGGUUCAGAAUCAAUAUUGCCUAUUGAAUCAGAGCCAGUUGAUUCAAAAUCAACAUUGCCUAUUGAAUCAGAGCCAGUCGGUUCAAAAUCAACAUUGCCUCUUGAAUCAGAGUCAGUUGAUUCAAAAUCAAUAUUGCCUAUUGAAUCAGAGCCAGUUGAUUCAAAAUCAACAUUGCCUAUUGAAUCAGAGCCAGUCGGUUCAAAAUCAACAUUGCCUCUUGAAUCAGAGUCAGUUGAUUCAAAAUCAAUAUUGCCUCUUGAAUCAGAGCCAGUCGAUUCAGAAUCAACAUCGUUUCUGGAAUCAGAGUCAGUCGAUUCAGAAUCAACAUCAUUUCUUGAAUUAGAGUCAGUUGAUUCAAAAUCAACAUUGCCUAUUGAAUCAGAGUCAGUUGGUUCAGAAUCAAUAUCACUUCUUGAAUCAGAGCCAGUUGAUUCAAAAUCAACAUUGCCUAUUGAAUCAGAGCCAGUCGGGUCAAAAUCAACAUUGCCUAUUGAAUCAGAGCCAGUCGGGUCAAAAUCAACAUUGCCUCUUGAAUCAGAGUCAGUUGAUUCAAAAUCAACAUUGCCUCUUGAAUCAGAGUCAGUUGAUUCAAAAUCAACAUUGCCUAUUGAAUCAGAGCCAGUCGGGUCAAAAUCAACAUUGCCUCUUGAAUCAGAGUCAGUUGAUUCAAAAUCAACAUUGCCUAUUGAAUCAGAGCCAGUCGGGUCAAAAUCAACAUUGCCUCUUGAAUCAGAGUCAGUUGAUUCAAAAUCAACAUUGCCUAUUGAAUCAGAGUCAGUCGGUUCAGAAUCAACAUCAAUUCUUCAAUCAGAGUCGGUCGAUUCAAAAUCUGUAAAAGCUCCUGAAACUGAGACAUUACAUUUAAAAUCUACUGAGGACGACUCUGAUAUCUUUCGGCCAAAGAUGGAAAAUGUCUCAUCAAAACCAACACUGGAAACUAAAGAUGCAGUAAAAGAAGAGCUCGAAGAUAUUUCAAUAAGCCCAGAUGCCGAUGUCAUUUUAGAAGAUGUCGAAACAGAACCAUCAGAUACUGGUUAUUCUGAGCUUUUGCACAACCAAAGUGACUCUGUUUUUGAGCCUCAGGAGCCCUCACAACUUCUACUUGAAACACAAACAGCAGGUUUAGAUGCAGUACAUGAAGAACCUGCCAAAACAGAGCUACGCGAUAAAGAUAACCACUACAAAACACCAGAGAAAACACUUGAGGAUGAGGAUGAAGUGACUGAGUCCCUUCAAGAACUCACCAAAGAUUCGCUUCCAGUUGCUGAUGUCGGAGAACAAGCUGGUCUUGAGGUCAUGCAUGCACAAAGUGAUUUUGAAGAGCAAAGUGAUUUUGACGUCAAAAUUUCUCAUCUGCCACCAGACGCUAAAACUGCUUCAGAUGCACGUGAAGGCGUCCCAUCUGAACCGCCAUUAAAUGUAGACAAGAUGCAUGCAAGUGAAAACACUGAGCAACACCAUCCAAAGAUAUUAGACACAAACGAAAAGGCCAGCCUGAACAAGAAUGAAAAUGCACACAAAGACACUGCAGACGACGAUCCUCAGAAUGCUCUUACAAACAAGAUCGAAAAAGCAAAACAAUCCAUUCACAAAGAAAAUGCAACCAAAAGUAGGGAAUUAGUUUCAGAAAGCCAAGAAACUGCACCUCUACUUGACGAAACAGACGAACAGAUUGAUAAGUUGAAGAACGAACUUGUGAAUCUACCGAAAAACACACUGGAAUCUGAAGAACAAAGUCUUGAAGACGAAGAGGAAGAGGACACCGAAGAGCUUUUGGAGGAUGAGAACGCUUUUCUUUUGCUCACAGAAAACAUUAAUGAACCUAAAGAAAAUCCUCAACCUGAAAGCGAUGAUUUGGUUGUUUCCCAACCGAGCGAAAGCACAACAGAACAAGAAGAAAACAAAGAGGUUCGUCUUCCUCCCGAAGAGCCCGAAUACAGCGAUAACGUACUGAGACUCACAAUUUUACGAGAUCACUUGAAGGACGAGGAAACGGAGCGAUUGCAGAAGUAUUUCGGACUGAAGAACCUGUUUAAAAUCGAAGCCAUGUUUUCUGACCUGGAUCUUGAGAUGAAGUCCGCGAGAGAGCUGAAGACCGACACCGAGGAGAUCGAGCGAACGCUAGACCAGAUCAUGGAGUCCUCGGAGAACUCUGUUCUUGAUGCGACUGAAGACAUGUUUAAUGAAAGAGAGCGGAAAGCUCAGGAACAUGGACGGCAGAAGGAGCCAGAAAUGUAUGACGUUGAGGCUGCCAUCCUAGACGCUUUUCAGGAGAUCAUUUUCUCUUUGCGACAGAAAUAUUCAGCGGCCAGUGACAGCGUCCCACUGCUCAAGGAAGAACAACCUGCAUCUGAAACAGAUGAGAAAAUUGACUCUGAAGAGGUGAAAGGUUUGGACAGUGACAUCGAAAUGAUCGCACCUCCUGAAAUGCACGAAGAGCACAACGAAUCUGAACUGAUUCCGAAUUCUGAAUUGAAUACGAAUGAAGAUUUAUCCCACAGUAAAGACGCGGGUCUUGAAGAGGACGGAGGCCAUUUCAACAGAAAUAAAGAUGCACAAAUAGGGUUCGAGGACGCUGAGGUGAUUCAAAAGGGGCCUCAUGCUAUUUUGGAGAAGCCAGUGGACAUCGGCUUUCACUUUGAAAUGGAUCCAUCUUCAGGUUCACUGGAGUCUCCAGGUGUCUCUGACUUCCAUGACACUGAAUCAAGCAGUGAUUCCUCCAGCUCCUUGACUUCAAAUGAACUUUGGGGUUUGCUGCUUCUCAUAAAAGAAUAUCUUGGGGUGUACGGAGAAAUUGUGAUCACUGCUCUUCCAGAGGAAUGGCGACCGGGUCCCACUUUCCACGGAGUCCCCUGGGAGCCGGUGCUCGUCACAGCGGUUGUCGGGACCCUCACGAUACUGAUGUUCUUCUGGAGGACGGUGCUCGCUAUCAAAGGAAAAACCUAUCAAUUAACAGAAAAGCAGCUCAGAGACAAGAUCCAGCAGAUUCUCAGCGAGAAAUCUGAUGCUGUUAACAAGAUCACAGAAUUAAAUGACAUGAUAAAACAACGUGAAGAACAGCUGAAAAACUCUGCGAAAUCACUGAGUUCCAGCCAACAAGAAAUGAAAGGGCUGAAGAAUCAUCAGCAGAAACUGCAGAGUCAGUGGGAGGAGAUGUCUGGGAGUGUUUCACAGCUUAACCAAAAAAUUGUGGACACACAGGAAGAAAAUACAAAUCUAAAUGAAAAGAUUGCCAAAAUGCACCAGAGAAUCGAGAAAUACCAGAAAACACUGAAGAACUAUGACGAGGAGCGUGCAAAGGUUCAUGUCCUCAUGGAUGAAGCUAAACUCAGAGAAGAUGCUCUGAAGGCUCAGGUUCUGUCCUUUGAGAAGGAAAACGGCACGUUAAAGGAGCAGAAGAAAUCUCUCCUUCGAGAUGCUAAAGACUGGCAGGAGAAGCACAAGAAACUGAGCGAGGAGAUCAGGGUUUAUCACAAAUCCCAGAAAGAGCUGGAGGACUCUCUGUUGCACAAGGAAAAUGAGAUUGAUGUUUUGUCCAGCUGUAUUGCAGAGCUCAACCGUCUGGGAGCCUGUGAUCCUGCUGAACUACAGAAAGAAGAUGCUAAAAUGUCUAAUGGAGAAGAUGCUGAGAAAAAGAUGGACAUCUCGAGAGUGCGAAUCAAACAGAUGAUGGACGUCUCCAGGAUUAAAGCAACUCUCAGUGUUGUUGAAGACGAGAGGAAUCGCUUCAUGGAAAGUCUCCUCGCCGAACAGAAAUCCAGACAGGAGCUGGAGGAGCAAUAUCAGAAGGUCAUGCACGACCAGAUGAAUCUGAACAAUGAUAAAACGCAUCUGGAGAACCAGUUCAAGAGCCUGCAGCAGAGACUAGAAAUCACCACUGAACUCUACCAGCAGAAAGAAAACGCCCUGCAACAGAAAUUGACUCAGGAGGAGCUGGAGAGACGCGAGAAGGAGACGAAGCUGACGGAGGUGGACAGUAAAGCUGUGCGGUCGGAGGAGGAGCUGAGAGCUCUUAAACAGAAGAUCAAGGACAUCGAGGAGGAGAUGCAGCAGAACGAACGCUCUCUGAAGUCUGAGGUGGCGGUCCAGGAGAAGAAAGCCCAUGAGAACUGGUUGAAAGCGCGCGCCUCAGAACGAGCUCUGGUGGAGGAACGAAGAGAGUUGGCCAACCUUCGUCAGAAGCUUGUGGAGUACAGAGAUAAAAUCUCAGACAUGGAGCAAAGCAUGUUCAAACACAACUCUGGACCCACGGAUCGCCACAUGCCGCCACCGCGAAGAGGUGAUUCGUACGGGCCGUCUCCUGUGAGCGGGGGGGCUCCCUCUCCUCCUCUAAUGAUAGAGGGUCCCGGACGCCCCCCCUCUGCACCUGCAGGGCGACGGGGCGAACCGUUCGGUCCACGACCCCCGUCUGACCCUCACGGACGCUUCUCGGACCUCGGACACCCGCUGCCAUCCCGACCAGAAAUGUUUCCUCCGAUGACAUCAUCACCAUGUGCACAUGAUGGACCAAUGCAGACCGCACCGGUCACAGAGACGGCCGAGCAGGUCUCGUCUGAGCCCGUAGAGCCCCUCUCCAAGUCUCAGAGUCAGGGAUCUUUCCUGCCUUCUCCCAUCCGGGAUUCUCCGGUUCCGCCACCCAAGUCUUACGGACCCCCGAUCAUGCCGCCCAAUGGGCCGCCGCCAAUGAUGAUCCGACCGCCCAAUGGCCACCUUCCCAUGAUGCCCCCUGAGCCUCGCUUCAGACCGCCACACAUGGAUUCUUACGGCCCUCCUCCGAUUGGCCCGUAUGGACCUGUACCGCCACCUUUUGUACGAGGACCACCGUUGGGACCCCUGCCUCCACAUCCACUUGGGCCGCGCGACGUCCCGCCCGAAUUUUUUGGACCUCGAGGACUUCCCCCUCGUCCCUUCCCUCCCGGAUCAAUGAUUCCUCCUUCAUACGCAGGACGUGGUUUCCCGGGACCCGCUCCGCUGAUUCCUCACAGCUCCAGAGACGGUGACGGGAACGCCACACCAGCCAACGUCCCGCCAACGGACGGCUCCCAUCAGAACGCCGGCGGAUCCACAAUGGCUGAGCCUUGAGAGUAGUGUUGUCAAAAGAACCGACUUCGGUACCAAGUUGAUAC